AUGUCAGAUCGUGAGCGUGAUCGUAGUGCGAGCCGUCGCGGUAGUCGCAGCCCCAGUCAUGAGCGUCGCAGUGACCGUGAUCGGAGUGAUAGUAGACGUCGUGAACGAUCUCCUGACGAGAAUACUCGGUUGAGGCUCGAAAUGAGAACAAUGAUAGCUCGUCUUAGUGCGUUAGAAAAUAAGUCUAGGGCUACAUCUAUUCCAGCGCGUUCGAGUGAGCACAUGGCGGGUUCUAGUGUUCGUGAUGUGUUAGUGUCAGAAAAUGUGCAAGAUAGAUCGCCAUCGCGGCGCCGGCAAACACGAUUGUUAGGGCGCAAUAUCUCGCGAUCGCCUGAUCGCACGGUUUCACGUAGUGUACGUCGUCCGUUGUCGCCGCGGUGUAGGUCAAGAUCCCCUAAUAAGUAUACGACAUCGCGGUCGCGUGACCACGUGUUGCCUACUCGAGAAGUUAGUCAACGCCGACGUUCUCGAUCCAGAUCGCCACGUCGUGGUAGCGAGGUGGAUGCGUCGAUGCAUUCUACCAUUACUGAUCGUAUUGUAGAUGUGAUUAAUUCUAUUAAUAACGCGGGUAGAUUUAGCCAACACUUUUACAUUUCUAAUUUCGAUCCCGACCUACACAACAUUGAUGAUUGGUGUGCGGAGCCGGUGAACAAUUCGAAAAGUUCUAUGUCGCGUUCGGUUCCGUAUAAUAGAACCAAAGAUAAACAGAGCUUUGACGUUGCUAGACGACGUAGUAGUGAUAUAAAGUGUUACUUGUGCGGACAGUUGGGGCAUAGGCAGGCUUCGUGUACUAAACGACCUAGAGUUGAUAGAGGCUCGAGCAGUUCUGCAGCCACUUCUAAUUCCGCGACUCCGAAGCCCGCUUUUGUGCCGACUAGAUACGAACCGUGCUCGUUUUGUAAGAAACCAGGGUUGUUGUGCUUUGUUUGUGUGCUCGGACACUGUCUUGGAGUUGCUCAGACAUGUGGUCCUGGAGCUGUGUACACGCAGGGUCAUGCCACGAGUUGGCCUCUGACGAGUCGUGAUGCAGAGGACGAGGAGUCGACAGCUCCUAGCGUUACCCAGCCUUACAAUGUUGACGUUCCUGGUGACGCGAGUGAGCCGCAACCUAGUACGUCAGGGACGCAGAUACAUGGCGAAGAGCCUGCUGCGUCACCCACCUUCACGUCGAGCGAUGACAGCACAGAGCCUUCGAUGCCAAUGCUGGAGACUAAUCUCCAGAGU